AUGUCUGAACUAGUUAACAAGAUGGAGAACAUGAGCAUGGACGAUGCAGCUCAAAAAAAGACGGCAUAUGUGCCUCCUCAUGCUAGACGCGUGAAAGAACAAGGUGUCGAGACUUCACCAAGAACUAUGGGUAACAACUAUAACAGAGGUGGUAGAUAUGGGGGUGGUAGUACUAACGGUGGUGGAAGUGGAUAUGGUAGGUACGGUGGUAAUAGUCGUGGGGGUAGUUGGUUUGGGUCAAACUCUAAGAAUCCAAAGGGGGACAGGGGAGGAGGGUAUAGGCCAGGUAGGUGGGUUAAUGGGAAGCACGCGCCUAGUUGGAGGUCUGAGGAGUUAGAGAUAGAGUUGUUUGGUACUCCAGAUGAUCCUGGGUUUCAAUCUUCGGGAAUUAACUUUGAUAAUUACGAUGAUAUUCCUGUUGAGGCUUCUGGAGAGGAAGUUCCGGAACCAAUCAGCGAGUUUACUUCUCCUCCUUUGGACAAUUUGUUGCUGGAGAACAUUAAGAUGGCGCGUUUCACACGUCCCACGCCGGUUCAGAAAUACUCUGUUCCUAUUGUUGCUUUGGGAAGAGAUUUGAUGGCUUGUGCUCAAACGGGUUCUGGUAAGACGGGUGGUUUCUUAUUUCCUGUUCUUUCGCAGUCUUUUGGUGCGGGUCCAGCGGUUGUUACCGAGGAAAGCGGGAACAACAACUACUAUAACAGCAGAAAGGCAUACCCUACUGCAGUUGUGCUUGCGCCUACCAGAGAGUUGGCUACACAGAUUUUUGACGAGGCCAAGAAGUUUACUUACAGGUCUUGGGUGAAGCCAUGUGUUGUUUACGGUGGUGCUGACAUCCGCCAGCAGUUGAGGGAGCUUGAACACGGCUGUGAUUUGAUUGUUGCUACUCCUGGUCGUUUAAACGAUUUAUUGGAGCGUGGUAAAAUUUCCUUGUGCAACGUCAAAUAUCUAGUUCUUGAUGAAGCAGACAGAAUGUUGGAUAUGGGUUUCGAACCCCAAAUUAGACAUAUUGUUGAAGGUUGUGAUAUGCCAAGUGUCGAGAACAGACAAACGUUGAUGUUUUCCGCUACUUUCCCUACUGAUAUCCAACACUUGGCUGCUGACUUCUUGAAGGACUAUAUCUUUUUAUCCGUUGGUAGAGUUGGUUCUACUUCUGAAAACAUCACACAGAAGGUGUUGUAUGUUGAGGACCUAGACAAGAGAUCUGUCCUAUUGGAUUUGUUGGCUGCCUCUGAUGGCGGCUUGACUUUGGUUUUCGUGGAAACCAAAAGAAUGGCGGACGCCUUGACCGAUUUUUUGAUCAUGCAGAACUUGUCGGCAACGGCAAUUCACGGUGAUCGUAGUCAGGCUGAACGUGAGCGCGCUUUGCAGUUCUUUAGAACCGCACGUGCUAAUAUUUUGGUUGCCACUGCUGUUGCAGCAAGAGGUUUGGAUAUCCCUAACGUUACACAUGUUAUCAACUAUGAUUUGCCUUCCGAUAUUGAUGACUAUGUUCACAGAAUUGGUAGAACCGGUCGUGCCGGUAACACUGGUUUAGCUACGGCUUUCUUCAACCGUGGCAACAAAAACGUUGUAAAGGAAUUGAUUGAUAUUCUACAAGAAGCAAACCAAGAAGUUCCAAGCUUCUUGACUCAAGUUGCGAGAGAGUCGUCCUACGGAAAGGCUCCUACAAGAGGUGGUCGCGGAGGUGGUUAUUCCCGCGGUAACAGCACUAGGGAUUUCCGUCGUCAUGGCGGUGGUGGCGGCUCUGAGUGGGGAAGCAACAGCAACGCAGGUGGUGUCAGCAACAACAGAUCCAGUUCUGCUUGGGGCAACAACAGAUCGGGCUCUGGUUGGGGCGGCAAUGGUUCCGAGUGGGGCAAUAAUUCUGGUUCCUCAUGGGGUGCUUCAAAGCCUGCCGGCAACAACUCAUGGUGGUGA